AUGGCCCAAAAUGAUUCCAAUGACAAUCUCUGGUGGUUAAAAUCGAUGGGAUUCACCCUCAAUUAUUCCAAGGAUGCAACGAUACUCCUCGUAGGGAGCCGUGGCGCUGGCAAGUCGACCUUGGCUGUUAUAGCUGCUAUGGCAUUGAAACGGCGAUUUGUUGAUCUGAUAACCACCUUUGAAACUCUGGCAGGUAUUUCUGUGGAAGCGUUUCGUGCUAAAUAUGGGGCUCAAGAGCUAUUCAACAAAGAAGCUGAACUACUCGAGUCUAUCUUAGCUCGCAAUCCUACCAAUUGUGUCAUCGCUACAUCCAGUGCUUCGGUGGUGGAGCCUACCCGUACUGUUCUUAUGAGACAUAUCACGCGAAUGCCCAUUAUUUACAUCACCAGGAGUUUGGAUGAGGUGAGCGAGUAUCUUAAACCUCAUGAAGAUCAUGAUCGUUUACUACGGAUGGCUACUGAUAAUGCUCCUCUAUAUCGAUUGUGUUCUACUUUUGAAUUUGUUAAUCUAGGAUUAAGGUACCUCACUAUUGAUGAUAUCGAUGGAGUCAACAAUAGUCGAGUGGCCACUCCGAUCUCUGUUACCGCAAGUCCCAAAGAUGAGCAUGCUACUUUAUCCAGUGGGUCUACCAUGACAUCAGCACCCCAUGCUCUUGUUCGAGGUUCUCCGUUGAUACCUUUGGGCUUGAAAAAGCUUGAACGUGACUUCUUGGCCUUUCUUGAUCAUAUAUACACCAGUGCCAGUUUGGAUUUACAUUCUUCAGAGAAGGCAUCUGCAUCUAGACCGCCCAGUCCAACUUCUACCUCGCCCUCACUUCCCCAUCUUACAACAGCAUCCACUUGGAACCCCUUGGUUUCUAAGCGAAAUAACUUGCAGGUGUACUCCCGCUCGUUAUUAUUACCUUUUUUCGAUAUUCCAUUUGCACGCAUCGAUCUAGAAGAAAUUUCGAUUGGCGUCGAUGCUUUGGAAAUACGGGUUGAUCUAAUGGCACUUUCAGCAUUAACUAAGAAAAACAGCCAAGGUGUUUUGACCUAUAUAGCAGAACAAGUGGCUUAUAUCCGGCGACUAUCAGAGUUACCAAUCGUCUACAACUUCUCCAAGUCGAUAUUCACCAGCAAACCGGAAUCGCUCGAUAUCAAUACGAACGGCAAUCCAGAUUUCUGGAUUGAGCUAUAUAUCGAGCUGUUGUUUUUUGGACUGCGACUAAAUAUCGACUAUCUAACAGUAUGGCUUGAGCUGCUGCCAGAGCGGGUUAUUCAAGCUCUUGUGUCAAAGAAAAAAGUAACAAAACUAAUUGGCUGCGCCACCACCAGUGUAUGGGAAUCUAAUAAGCUCUCCAAACAGCUUUCUCUAGGUUUUAAUCUUGGUUGUGAUAUUAUGCGAAUUACAAGCUACGCGUUAACUAUAAAGGACAACUUUACCUUACUAUCUGCUCUUCAAGAGGUGAGUAGCAACUACAACAAACCUAUCAUAGCAUACAACAAUGGGCCACUUGGUAAGAUGUCAAGAUGUCUCAAUGCCAUAUUAGCCCCUGUGGAACAUCCAGCUCUUUACUCACAUCCGGACAGCUUUUACGGCUUGUCCGACAAAAAUCCAUGGCUCGGUGAAUUUGCCAACAAACAAGGUGAUAUACUUACAUUGCAAGAGGCAAAUCGAAGCUUAUACAGUUUAUUUGUUCUUCCCAAACAAAAUUUUUACCGUCUGGGUCAAGAAUUGUUGUCAGCGAAGGUAGACUACACUUAUCGAAAAGCAGCGGAACUUAUAGGACUACCCCAUGAGUAUCAUACUAGGAAGAUUAAUAGUCUAGAGGAAGUUCCAGAGAUAUUUUCAGACCCAGAAUUUGGUGGAGCCGUUAUUGGAUGGCCAUUCAAGGUGUCCAUUAUAAACAAGUUGACCACAGUCUCGACCCAUGCCAGGCUUAUCGGUGCUUGUAAUAUUGUGGUUUCCAUUCGAGAUCCAAAUUCGUUCCACCCUAUUGCUCUGCACGGUGAAAAUACAGAAUGGAAAGGAAUGCUUAAAUGCAUUUUCAAGAAUUUGAGUACUAGAAGUGCUAUUACUCCUGCGACAACGGCUGUUGUUAUUGGGGGAGGAGGAAGUGCACGGUCGGCAGUAUUUGCACUCACUUGUCUUGGUGUGCGUAAUAUACUGGUAUGCAAUCGUACCAGAGCCAAUGCUGAGAGAUUAGUGGCGCAUUUCGAGGGUCAAUACGCCAAAUUAUCUGCUGAUGGGGCUUUGGGAAGCUCUAAAAUAGACCUGGCUAGUACAACGGUAUGGUCAAUGAGAUACAUAACUCGCAGAGACAGUCUUCUGAAACCGGAUACAACGCGGCCAAAGAAUUUUGGUUCUUUAACUUUUGAAAAUGAGUCUGAUGGCCCGAAUCCUACAACUUCGAUGGGAAUUAUUGAUGCUUUAACAGAUGAGUGGCCUAAUGAUAUAACACCACCUACAAUAAUCAUCAACUGUACUCCUGCUCACAAUUAUGAACUCCCUGAAAGUUGGCUUUCAAAUCCUAAUGGUGGUUUGGGUCUAGAGGUAAGUAUUCUUGAUGAUACGAAACUACUUAGUCGGGCGGGGUUUUAUACCUUUGUCCCCUGA